AUGGGUUUCAUCGCUGGAUUUGCUGGAGGACUUGCUCUGAGCUAUGCUGUUAUCCAGCUUACUGUGCUCAAGAGCCUCUCGGAAAGACAGCAGCAGCAAGCUCUUCUUCGGGAACAAAUCGAUGCUCUUAAUAACAUGUCUAUGCCUGCGGCCAUAAAUUACAGCGUGAGAGACGAAGUCGACUAUGCUGCAGCACUAGCAAGACGAGGUUACGCCCCACGCGGAGGGCCAACUACGGUUGAUGUAUGGAAGAUGAGAUGGAAUCAAGAGGUUAUGUCGUUAGCUCGGAGUAUACAUGAAUUCAGUUGGGAGGAUUUAAGGGAGAGGUUUAGAAAGGCCCGUGGAGGAUAG